AUGUAUGUAUCAAAGUUGUGGUACUAUGAGAAAUUAAUGUUUUUAAAAGAUCAAGAGCAGCCAUAUGGAGCGACAAGUAGUUCAAUGGAUACACAAUCUGAUGACGACAGUAUUGAAACCACCAGAGAUGGAGUCGCUUCACCAAGAUUAGAUAUCGCAUCAGUUGAAAGGUUCAGCGGGCCUCAACAAGAUCGAAGUUUUAAACGCCGGAAAAACCUGUUUGUUUCCCAAAAUGUUGAUCGAACGAUUGAAAUUAUAGGCAAUAAAAUAUGUGAAAUAGCAGCGGAUGACAAGUUUGAUGCCUUCGUGGCAGAAAAAGACAGUCAGAGUGAUGUCACUGGUAUUUAUUUUCAGACUUGUGCUCCACGAUACGUGGACGGGAUAAAGGAAGAUGAACGAAUUGGCACUUUUGGACAAUGCUUUAUAAAGUCAAUUCCACAAGGAAUACAUAAAAUGAAAGCGAUGAAAGAAAGUAAUCAACGUCUUAAUAAGUUUGAACUCACAAUGGAUUCUUUUGGGUGGAGUAUAGAUGUGACAACACGUGGUGACAUUCUGAUUGGUGGCCCCGCUAUGACGAAAGGCCGUGUAAUUCGGUAUAAAAAUGUAUCUCAAGAGCCGCAACUGAUAACGCCGCCACCGUUUGGAUUUUUCCAAAAUAAUAAUACAGAUACGUUUAACUUUGGUUACAGCAUUGCUAGCGGUAAUUUCUUUUCCAACUCAGAAGAUAAUAUAGCCUAUGCUGUCAGCACCCCAUACGGAAAUAUUGGCAUUGGACAGGUGUUAUUUUACAGUAAAAAUGGAAAAUAUAUAAACAUAAUACAGGAUAAAGAUUCCGGAUUGGGAACUCUUUUUGGGGCAGCUCUGUGUACAGUUAAACUAGGCGGUAAAAGAACUUCACUGCUUGUCGGAGCUCCGGCUUAUAUCCCGGAAGAUGCACAUGGCUUUGAUUUAGGCGCUGUCCAUAUAUUUAUGCCAAAUUAUAAGUCGCUAACUCUGAAGACAACUAUUAGAGGUCAAAGCUCCGGCGGGCGCUUUGGUAGUGCUAUUAUAAACAUCGGCGACUUGGAUAAUGAUCAGAAAGACGAUGUAGCGAUUGGUGCACCUUACGAAGACGAUGGCAAGGGCGCAGUUUAUAUUUACACAUCCAAUAACAUUCUCAAUAACAAAAACGUUAUGUAUUCUCAAAGGAUACAGCCUGAGGCAUUCAGGACUUUCGGGUUAAGUAUGACAGCGCUUCGAGACUACGAUCAUAAUGGUUGCAAUGAAAUAGCAAUUGGAGCACCAGAUAGUAACGCUGUUGCGAUAUUCAAUUGUUUUUCGUCAGUGACAUUAAAUGUCUUCACUGUGCUUCCUAAUCUACAGAACCGAGAGAGCGCGGAAAAAGAAAAAAUUACUUUUAAAUCUUGUUUAAACGUAUCAUACCCAGAAAAGCCUGAGAACAUUGUAGCAAAUAUUGUCAUUUCAAUUGGUAUAAUGCAUCCCAGUGCUAGAUUGGAAAAUAGCAAAAAUGGUGUUUUAACCUAUACAGAAUCGUUAAGCAGCAAGAAAAACGUUUACUGCAAAUAUGUUGGAGUUAUGACUCCUUUGGACAAAGAUAAGGAGCUAAAUUCAAUACAAAUAACCGUAAACGCUCACUUAGACGACGACCCAAGACAGUUGAAGGUGUUUGACCCGCAGCGUGUCAUUUUGUCCGAGCGCAGUUCACUUUCUACUUUCAAUACAAUUUGGGCAUCAGGGUGCAGUUCAACAAUAUGCGUGCCAAUUCUAAGUUCAAAAUUUUUUUCUUCCAUGACUAGUCCCUACAUAAUCGGCUCUUCAGAUGCUGAGAAUAUCUCUGUAACAAUAGCAAAUAGUGGAGAGACAGCGUACAGUGCAUGUGUGCGUAUCCGCGUUGACAGUGUGCGUGUCUUACAAGCGCCUGGCUGUCGGCGAUAUGACGAUAAAAAUCUGAUUUGUGAGCCAAGGAACCCCGUGCGAACUAAGCAGAGUUGGAAAACUGGUCAUAUCACGCUUGAAACCAAAUCAUUGACAAGUGCAGAUAGAGAAAUAACCGUCGACGUUGAUGUACACAACCACUGCGAAAAUGAAACUGACAAUACAUCUGAACAAAUAGUUAUCAGCUUAGAAAGAGACACUUCAAAAUUGGUAUUAAUGAGGGAAUCAAUACCAGACGAAGUUGUUAAUAUCACAUCUAUCAAUUUAGAAACUGAAAUAAGUCAUUUAUAUACUAUUAUAAAUAAUGGAGUUACGCAUUGGACUGGAGUGGAAUGUAAAAUUUUCCUAAACAAUUCGUAUGUCAAAUUUAAAUACCCGAUAAUCAUAUAUACUGAUAACCAAAAAAGGGAACUUUGUUACGUUAACACGGAAAUGAAAAAUAAUAUAAGCACAGAAGUAAUAUGCAAUUUAGGCGAAAUAAGGAAGAACCAAAAAGUAUACAUAAUGGUAUCUUUGAUGAUUGAACCGAUGCCUACUGAUAUAUUUGAUGUAGAUAAAAAUAUUAGUAUAGCCACAAAACUUAAUUUACAGUUAAAUUAUGAAGAAAUGACAGUAAGCGUGAGCAGCACGUUAGUGAGAGUUCCAAUACCAAAGGUAUCAAUCUGGAUCUAUAUCUGCGCCGGCGUCGUUGCACUCUUGGUCAUAUUUGUUUUAGUAAUAAUCUUUUACGAAUGUGGCUUCUUGCAACGAAAGAACAAGGAAAUGCUUAAAAAUUUAAAACAAGACGUCAGACGACAGAGCAUGAGACGUACAAUUUUACUGCGGGAGAGUAUGCGUGCUUCCCAAAAUCAAACAGCUGAAGAUGUGAACCAUCUUAUAGAUCCGAUCGACACGCGUUCAGAUGGUAAUGUCCCUAAUGCAGAAUAUCAUAAAGAUAGAGCUGAGACAAAAAAGAAACCCAAAACACGUGUCAAAUGUUAA